AUGGCGCUCCGGAUCCUCGCCCUGGCCGCGGCGGCCGCCGCGGACUGGGCUGCGCCCAAGCAGUACUCGGUGUCGGUCCUCCUGGAGCUGCCCUACAUCGAUCUCGUGGAGCCCAUCGAAGUCUACUAUGACGAGGCUCAGGAGCUCCAGCGCAUGGACUACUGGCACGGCGCCGACACCUACGUCUUCAACGCCACGGCGGGCGAGAACUCGACGUCGCACCAGAUCGUGCCCACGUCCAAGGACGGCGCGACGUCCGCGGCGACGUGCUUCUCGAUGACCGGGGAGGCGCCGCUGGCCUCCGUGUUUCCCAGCCUCGCCAAGUUCACGAAGGCCGACGGCACGAAGCAGAUCCGCGGCGUUGAGGUCGACGCCUUCGAGCUCGUCCAGCCGGAGUUCGACCCGGCGAGCGGCAUGAUCGGCAACUAUUCCUUUUACGUGCGCCACGACGACGGCGCGACGCCGGUGAGCUUCGAGUUCCUGGGCCACAACACGAUCACGGGCGGCCACGUCGACGAGUGGGCCUUCGUCUACUCGGCCUACGCGCCGGGCCCCCAGAAGGCGGAGCUCUUCACGGCCCCGUGGGCGAAGAUGACCUGCGCGGAGCUCGAGACCGACGACGACGACGGCCCGACGGUCGCCGACGACCACUUCCUGGGCACGACGCCCCUCGACGACCUCGCGCUGCUCCACGCCGACGGCGGCGACGGCCGAAACGACGCGUUCAGAAGCUACGCCGACAAGUACGGCAAGACCCGCGGCGCCGACCGGUUCUCGCUCUUCCACCGCGCGCGCCGCUACGUCAACGCCGUGAACCGCAAGCACCUGAGCUACACCCUGGAGACGAACCACCUCGCGGACUGGACCGCGGAGGAGAAGCGGGCGCUCCGGGGCCGGAAGCACACGCCCGCGGGCUUCUCGACGAAGGCGACGCGGUCCCACGAAGCCGCCGACGUCGGCGAUCUCGGAGAAAUCGACUGGCGGAACGAGGGCGCCGUGACGAAGGUCAAGGACCAGGGCUCGUGCGGGUCCUGCUGGUCCUACGGGACGACGGGCGCCAUCGAGGGCCAGCACUUCCUCAAACACGGCGCGCUCGUCGAGCUCAGUCAGCAGAAUCUGAUGGACUGCUCAUGGCCCCAGGGGAACAACGCCUGCGACGGCGGCCUGGACUCGAACGCCUACGACUGGAUGCUCGAGGUCAACGGCGGCAAGGUCGCGGCCGCGGAGCCGUACGGCGGCUACAAGAACGCGGACGGCGCCUGCCACGCCGCCGACGGCUUCCACGCGAAGAUCACGGGUUACGUGAACGUCACGGGCCUGCCGGCGUUUAACGACGCGCUCGCGAACGUCGGGCCGCUCUCCAUCAGCAUCGACGCGACGCCCGAGGACUUCUAUUAUUACAAGAGUGGCUUCUACUACAGCGACGACUGCAAGGGGGGCGUCGACGACCUCGACCACACGGUGCUGGCCGUCGGCGUCAAGGUCCACGGCGACCAGCGCUACACGAUCGUGAAGAAUUCCUGGAGCACGCACUGGGGCGACGCGGGCUACGUCUACAUCUCCCAGAAGAACAACUGCUGCGGCGUCGCGACGGCCGCGACCUACCCCACCAUCGCGUGA